GCAGGCAGGCGGCCUCGUAGCGGGGAGAGCGUCGCCGCUAGUCGCGGCGGGCAGCAUGGAGGCGGCGGCUGGGGAGAAGGCGGGCGGCGGCCGCAACGGCCACGCCGAGGGCCCGGCGGCGGAGCGGGGCGGCGGCGGCCGGCUGAAGGGCUGCCAGGGCUUCCUGCGGCGCAACGUGCUGGUGCUGCUGACGGUGUCGGGGGUGGUGGCCGGCGUGGCGCUGGGGGCUGCCGUGCGCGGCGCGGAACUGGGCCCGGCGCAGGUGGCCUAUCUGGCCUUUCCCGGGGAGCUGCUGCUCCGGAUGCUGCGGAUGGUGAUCCUGCCGCUUGUGGUCUGCAGCCUGGUGUCGGGAGCCGCCAGCCUGGACACCCGCUCCCUCGGCCGUCUCGGCGGCAUCGCAAUCGCUUAUUUCCUCGGCACCACGUUGCUGGCCUCCGGCCUCGCCGUCGCCCUGGGCUUCAUCGUUCGGCCCGGCGCUGGCGCUUCUGCUCUCAACGCCCCCGGGCUGGGGCUGCCGGGCGCCGUGCCCACCAGCAAGGAGACCGUGGACUCCUUCCUCGACCUCGUCAGGAACCUAUUUCCUUCGAAUCUCGUUGCUGCAGCUUUCCAAACGUAUGCAACAGAGUAUAAGAUGCUGCUCAGAAACACUACCUCUGGAAAUGUCACGUGGGAAAAGGUCCCUGUGGGCACUGAGAUCGAAGGGAUGAAUAUCCUGGGACUGGUGCUGUUCGCUCUGGUUUUAGGAGUGGCUCUGAAAAAGCUUGGCCAGGAAGGGGAAGAUCUGAUCCGCUUCUUUAACUCCUUCAAUGAGGCAACUAUGGUCUUGGUUUCCUGGAUUAUGUGGUAUGUACCUAUUGGCAUUAUGUUCCUUGUUGGAAGCAAGAUUGUGGAAAUGGAAGAUAUUGUGCUUCUGGUGACCAGCCUGGGAAAAUACAUCUUUGCCUCUAUCCUGGGCCACUUCAUCCAUGGAGGAAUCAUUCUGCCCCUGAUUUAUUUCGCAGCUACGCGUCAAAAUCCGUAUCGCUUCCUCCUAGGACUUAUCACACCAUUUGCCACUGCUUUUGCCACUUGCUCCAGCUCGGCCACCCUGCCGUCGAUGAUCAAGUGCAUCGAGGAGAACAAUGGCGUUGACAAACGGAUCAGCAGGUUUAUCCUUCCCAUCGGGGCCACGGUGAACAUGGACGGAGCUGCCAUCUUCCAGUGCAUGGCAACUGUCUUCAUUGCUCAGCUCAACAACGUCGAGCUCAACCCUGGGCAAAUCUUCACAAUUCUAGUGACAGCUACUGCAUCCAGUGUGGGUGCAGCUGGGGUCCCAGCUGGAGGAGUCCUCACCAUUGCUAUCAUCUUGGAGGCCAUUGGACUUCCCACCAACGACCUCUCCUUGAUACUAGCAGUGGACUGGAUUGUGGACCGAACUACCACGGUUGUGAACGUGGAAGGGGAUGCCCUAGGAGCAGGCAUCCUUAACUACCUGAAUGAAAAAGCUAACAAAGAGAAAGAGCAGGAGCUGAAAGAAGUCAACGUAGAAGCUGUUGCCAACAGCAAGUCUGAAGGGGAAACGUCGCCUUUGGUAACCCACAAAAACCAAGUGUCCAACACGAGCAGCCCAGCAGACCCUGAAUCCAAGGAAUCAGUGUUGUGAACCAGAGGGCAUUUGUCAGCACAUGCCCUGGAGGUGGACUGCUUAAUGCACCUACGAGUUUGCAGUGCUGAAAGGGGCUGGGUGGUGCUUGAGAGUUUCCAGCUUCAGUCUGGAAUACAUUGGCCUGGGGAAGGGGAGGGAGGUGGGGUGGGCAGAGAAAGAGUGUCGGGAAAGAGCACUCAACUGCUUAAUAGUAUUUGGGGAAUUCCUUUGUGUGUGUGCUCCACACGCACAGCUGUACGUGGAAACAAUGCCACUGAGACUCUGGAGCUAACCAGAAUCGUGUUAGUAAAGGCUUAUCUGGGUUGGACAUGGGGAGCAAACCUACCCAGUAUGUGCUUUCUGUAGGGAACAACUAGUAACCUUAUUGUACUGCUGUUCAAGUGGAGAUCCAGCCUAGAAACUCCAGAGUGGGGGAAAAUGUUGCUUUAGUUCCUAGCCUGGGAACACUUUCCUUGCAGACACUUCACAGAUUGACAGAAGCAGCGUUUUUCUCUCACUCCCCUUUCUCUCCUGUUCUCUGAUCCUUUAAAAAUGACAACUCUAUCCUGAAAAAUGUCUUUUUCUUUCCUUCUUUUUAAACCUUUUGUUUCAUAUCUGUAUUAACAGCUUAUAGGGACCCUUGUUCCAUUCCCCCGCUGCAUUGCAGCUCAUAGCAGCUUUCCUGCCUUUUGUGAGUAACUGCCAAACUUGGGACCAAACAUAGGAGAUCUUUGUGCAGAUCAAGAACUGGUUUUCUCCUUUCCUUAAGCAAGCCGUUAAGGAAAAAAGAAAAUCUAGAGGAAACACAAAUUUUGCUAAUCCCUCUGGGGUUGAAAGAAAUGUGGAGUCUGUUCCAGCAUAAAUACGUCAGAAAGAGGCUUGCCUGUGCCAUCAUCAAGAGAUGAAGAAGUCAGUCCCUUUCAUGCAAAGAGGCAGGCAGGCAUGCAUGCUCCUUUGCUAGCACAGCCUGUCCUGCUCAUGUUUAUUUAAUGGCUCAGUCUAAACAGCUUAAGUCAUAUGUGGCUGAGGGAGCAGCGGUUGUUUAGUCUGGAGAAGGGAAGGCUAAGGGGAGAUCUUACUGCUUUCCACAGCCACCUGAAAGGAGAUUGGUGUUGGUCUCUAUUCCCAAGUAGGAGGAAAUGGGCUUUAAUUUGUGCUGGGGAGGUUCAGAUUGGACAUUAGGAGGAAUUUCUUUACUGAGAGCGUGGUCAGACUUUGGAACAGGCUGCCCAGGGUGGUGGAGUCACCAUCCCUGGAGGUGUUCACAAAGCGUGUAGGUGUGGUGCUUCAGGAUAUAGUUUAGUGGUCAUGGUAGUUGAGUUCUGGUUGGACUCGAUGGUCUUAGAGGUCUUUUCCUACCUUAAUGAUUCUGGUAUCCCUCUUCCAGCAAAACUGGACAGGGGAGGACAAAGUCACAACACGCAUCCUGUGGGAACUGGUGACAGGCAAGUCUCAGUGUUGACUUGAAAGGGGAAGAGAAGAGGUGAGUUUGUAGCCCUGUAUAGCUCAGUUGAUCUAGGAGUUUUGGCCUUGCUCUAGAUGUCCUUCUGGCAGGGGCUUACUUUUAGUAAUUGUAGGUGGUGCUGGGCCAGGGUAAUGCUUAAUGGCAGCUGGUAAUCUUUGCUUGAGGCUGAGACAACUGCUUCUGGAUUAUGACUCCAACUUUUUUCCUUUACAACAUACUUCCUGAAUUUGAACUCCAACCCUGAACAAAGUCCAGUAGAGAUCCUGUUGAUUUCUCUUGGCAUUUUGGACAGCAGAUGCAGCUGUGCACAUGCUGAGAUCUGCCUGGACUUGUGGAGCUCUCCCUUGGCUACCUUUUAGCAAAAUGAUUGCCUGUGUCUGUUAAUUCAGCACUAUAUAUUCACACUUAGCUUUGAUAAUAGAGUAACACAAAGCCUCCCGUUUUUAUCCUUUCUUGCUUCUGAUGAAGCUAUCUUGGAUUGAGUCCAGCAUCAGUAAGUUUGCAGAUGACACCAAGCUAGGAGCAGGUGUUGAUCUGUUGGAAGGUAGGAGAGCCCUGCAGAGGGACCUGGAGAGGCUGGAUGGGUGGUCAGAGGCCAAUGGGAUGAGAUUGAACAAGGCCAAGUGCAGGGUUCUGCACUUUGGCCAUAACAACCCCAAUCAGCACUACAGGCUGGGGACAGAGUGGCUGGAGAGCAGCCAGGAAGAAAGGGACCUGGGGGUACUGGUAGGUAGUAGCUGAAGAUGAGCCAGCAGUGUACCCAAGUGGCCAAGAGAGCCAAUGGCAUCCUGGUCUGUAUCAAGAACAGUGUGACCAGUAGGACAAGGGAGGUUAUUCUUCCCCUGUACUCAACACUGGUCAGGCCAUGCCUUGAGUACUGUGUCCAGUUCUGGGCCCCUCAAUUCAAGAGAGAUGUUGAGGUGCUGGAACGUGUCCAGAGAAGGGCAACGAAGCUGGUGAGGGGCCUGGAACACAAACCCUAUGAGGAGAGGCUGAGGGAGCUGGGAUUGUUUAGCCUGGAGAAGAGGAGGCUCAGGGGUGACCUCAUUUCUGUCUACAACUGCCUGAAGAGAGGUUGUAGCCAGGUGGGGAUUGGUCUCUUCUUCUAGACAACCAGCAACAGAACAAGGGGACACAGUCUCAAGUUGUACCAGGGGAAGUAUAGGCUGGAUGUUAGGAGGAAGUUCUUCCCAGAGAGAGUGACUGGCAUUGGAAUGGGCUGCCCAGGGAGGUGGUGGAGUCUCUGUCCCUGGAAGUGUUCAAGAAAAGCCUGGAUGAGGCACUUAGUGCCAUGGUCUAGCUGACUGGCUAGGGCUGGGUGCUAGGUUGGACUGGAUGGUCUUGGAGGUCUCUUCCACCCUGGUUGAUUCUAUGAAAGGUAAGCAGUCACUGAUAUUUACAUUCGUGGCACUAGGAAGAGGCAGCUCCAGUUUUGCAGCAGCAGCAGACUUGAUUUGCAAAGCAUCCUUCCUGGUAAAGGGGCACAAAAAGAGGCUUGCAGAGAUGUGGCUGCCUCUGAGGGAAAGGCCACCAGUGCGUCAGGGUUGGCUUUUGAGUCGUGUGCAGCAGCAGGGCUGUGUAAACAAUCCAAGUAGGAAGGGAUUAGUCAGCCCACUCAGAAACUGCAGGUGGAGCUUGCUUUUUAACGUUUGUUUAUAACCACGUCCAGAAAAUUUGGUCAUUCUUUGGCUCAACUUCAAAAUGGAAGGAGACAAAUGCAAUUCUUUAGGGACAUCCUUUGCCCAGUAUUUAUUAUUGUUAUUUAGCUUUGAGUAGAUCAAGACCCACUGAAACUUUGUAUUUCACCUCAAUAGAAUCAUGCUGACUCCUUUCAACUCAGGAAACCAAAAGUGCACUUUGUUAGCUGACAAGGAAAGCCAACAAAUAGAGAGGUGUUCUGAAGAAUGUUGAGAACCAUUUUUGCAAGCCUCCAGCAGAGCCUUUUUUUUGUCUUUGGGUUGUUUGUUGUUUUUUUUUUAACAACUCUUAUUUAAAUAACUCUUUGGAAAAACUCUGAAUGCACCAAACUCCACAAUACUUGGAUUUUGCAGCAGCAUAUGGAUGUCUCAAGGAAGGGAAAAACCAUGACUAUUCCCGGUGGGCUGGGUUCUGCUCUUGCAUUUUAUCCACCAUCAGACAUCUAGCUCCCCUGAUGCCCUCCUUUGAUGUGAAAGCAGGCAGCACUCAAAUGAAGUAGCACAGCUACCAUUUUGGACUAGAACAGUUCUCAAAUUGACUCUUUUUUUUCACCCCAAAGCUGUUGUUUCCCAUGUUACACACACAGGCAAGUCCAAAGGCUUGCCAUGGCUGUCUUGGUCUUUCUUCCUGUGGUUGUGUGCCUUGGUUGUGUCUCCUGCUUGCAGCAGUGUGCCUCUGACUGUGGAGCCCAGGAAAUGGCAAAUUAAGGCAAUUGUCUCAAAGCCUUCUUAGUAUUUUCCAACAGCAAUGCAAAAGCUCAGAGUCUUGGCUGAAGAGGGCCUCUGCCAGUCUCCACCAGUGGAUUGUCACCUUCUGCAUUGAUGUGAAUGUCUUGUCCCACAUAAAUGCUUGUUAGAGCAGUCAGGCCUCAGGAGGUCAAACCAGCCUCAGAGCAGGAAGUUAACAUAGGCAAUCUAACACUCCUGCAGACAGGUGCCACACAGUUUAUGUGAACCUGUUUGGUUCUCAAAGUGCCAGAGAGCUGUCAUCCUGCAGAAGCACCAAAGUAGGUAAUGCUUCAAUUGUUCCUCUUGCACAGCAUGAGGGAGCCCUGAGUGUUCAUGAAAGCAGGUCUGCUGGGUAACUUCUGCUUGUCAGAAGACCUCUCUGGACCUUUGUGUUCUUGUCUGUGGCAGAUAACAUUUCUUGUUUUCAUGAUGGCCAUGCUAGGGCCAACCACUUGGCUUCACUUUUUUUUUUGUCCCAAGGUACAAAUGCAGAAGAUCCAAAACCAGUACCACGUUCUCUCAGCCUGUAAAACCUUUGGCACAUGCCAGCAGCUGCCCUUGGACCAAUGUGAAUCCCAAUGGCAAGCCUGUGAGCUAGCAGCCCAUUUGCUUUGUGUGCUCAUGGUCCUCAGCUGAGGCCACUGGAAGCAAACUGAGAGGGCUGUUGAAGGAGGUGUGGGUUAGAUGCUGUCAUUGACAUUCACAGUGUCCAGUUUCAGGUCCCUGUGGGGCUUUGCCCCAAGAGGCUACAAGCUGAGGUGCUCAGCAGCAGUGCAGGUGCUCAGCUCUCAGGCACUCCAUAAAUACAGUGCCAGUGUGGCCCUUAAUUCCAGUGUCUCCUCAACCAAUGUUUCUGUUCUCCAGCACAACUGUAAGUAAGUUGAAACCUUUAGUCUAUUCCUUUUAAUUUUUAAGAAGAAAUAAAUGGCAUUUGGAAAACUCUGGGUUUGGGGUUUUAGUCUUUGAGAUUUCUUGGUUAGUGGUUUUUUUUUUUUUGUUCUCUGCAAGUUAGAAAUUCCUUAGGGAGACAGAGGCAGGCUCCAAACAGCUCCUGCCAUACCCUCUAGUAGUAUGAAUGCUUUUGGGGAGAAAGCUGUGGGAAUAUGGGAAGAGGAGUCUGUAAGCCUUUGGCAGGUGCAAGCCCAUUUUUAUCUCUGAUGCCAUUUGGAUUUCCAAUCUUCUCUUUUUUUUUUUAAAGUAAAAUUUCUGUGACUGCU